AUGUCUGCUUCUUCUCGUAUACCACCUAUCGCCCUGCCAUUCGUCAGUGAACAGGCCAGGCGGACGCUUGAUUUGGUCGAGGAAUUUGUUGAAAAAGACUGCAUCCCUGCCGACACCGUCUUCGCCGCCCAGCUUGGCGAAGGAGAGAAGCGAUGGACUACCACCCCAGCCGUCUUGGAGAACCUGAAAGAGAAGGCCAAGAAGCUUGGCCUAUGGAACAUGUUCCUGCCUAAGAACCACUUCACUCAGGGUGCUGGAUUCUCAAAUCUGGAAUACGGAUUGAUGGCCGAGUUGCUCGGCAAGAAUACCGGCAAUAUGGAAGUACUCGCCAAGUACGGCAAUGACGCACAAAAGAAGCAGUGGCUUGCACCCCUCCUGGAGGGCAAGAUCCGCUCUGCUUUCCUGAUGACUGAGCCAGACGUUGCAUCUAGCGAUGCGACAAAUAUUGAACUGAACAUCCGUCGAGAGGGCAAUGAAUACGUCUUAAAUGGCUCGAAAUGGUGGUCCUCCGGCGCCGGCGAUUCCCGCUGCGCAGUUUACCUCGUCAUGGGCAAGACCGAUGCCACAAACCCAGACACCUACAAGCAGCAAUCCGUCAUCCUUGUCCCAGCCGGACUCCCUGGCAUCACAGUGCACCGCAUGUUGACAGUAUACGGAUACGAUGAUGCCCCCCACGGCCACGGCCACAUUACAUUCACGGACGUGCGUGUCCCCGCAGCAAACAUAGUCCUCGGCGAAGGUCGCGGCUUCGAGAUUAUCCAGGGCCGUCUCGGACCCGGUCGCAUUCACCACGCUAUGCGGACGAUUGGUGCUGCGGAGCGUGCUCUUGAGUGGCUGAUUGCCCGCGUCAACGACGAGCGCAAGAUGACCUUCGGUAAGCCUUUGGUUGCGCACGGUGUCAUCCUCGAGUGGAUUGCCAAGUCGCGGAUUGAAAUCGAUGCUGCCCGUUUCGUUGUCUUGAACGCUGCUAUCAAGAUCGAUCAGGGUGAUGCCAAGAGCGCGCUGAAGGAGAUCGCUCAGGCUAAAAUUCUCGUUCCCCAGACGGCGCUUACUAUCAUUGACCGUGCUGUUCAGGCUUAUGGUGCGGCCGGUGUUUGUCAGGAUACUCCGCUUGCGUCUUUGUGGGCUGGCAUUCGUACUCUGCGCAUUGCCGAUGGUCCUGAUGAGGUUCACUUGCAGCAACUGGGUACGCGCGAGAACAAGUCUCGCAAGGAUGCGGUUACUGCUAAGUUGAACUGGCAGCGCGAGGAGGCUGAUCGCUUGCUUGCUGCUUCUGGGCUCAAGCCUAAGAGUCAUCUUUGA